GUGCUCCCGGCUACCUUCGCACACUCCAAGUGGCACUGGGGCAAGAGGUCCAACAAUGUGGAGGACAGUGGCCUUCAUCGUUUAGCGCAUCGUGCUUUGAUUUCGAGGUAUUCUGGGAUCUGGACAACCUCUUUCCGUACAAGGACAUCUCUCUGGGGGCCUGUAGCGCGGCUAUCUGCGACAGACUGAGCCAAGACAGCAGCGCGAAGCCGACUGUGCGACUGUAUGCCAACGUACACACUUUCAGAGACAAUCUUAUUCUGCGAGGCGGCGAGGAAGAGAGGAACCAACGUGUUCCGCUCCUGGUCAAGCCAAGCGACCCCGAAAGCGAGAUUCUCGGGGCAAUCCGAGGAUGCUUGAAGUCUGCAGGCGACGAGGCGUCUUUCUGCGCCAGGCUCCCGGCGGAGCCGACCGGGCUUCUGUUACAGGACCUGAAGAUGGAGGCUGGCCAGAUGGGCUACCUCUUGAUGUAUUGCCGAGACACCGAAGAGCUGCUCCUUCUAAAUCUGCACCGCUAUUUCGGGCUCUACGGCGCCAACCUAGAGCUGAAAAUCCUCCCUUCGUCACCUCAGGCCGUGGACAAGGAGAUGGUUUGCGACAUCAAGCUGCUCUUGCAAGACCCAGAGCUGCGCCUCCACCCGGGAACGAUCUGCUUGGUCUCGGACGACACUGAGCAAAGCUUCGCGUCCUCGCUGCGCGCUGCGGGGCAGCGAGGCUGGGGGACGGCGCUGGUGAGCAAGAAUGGCAGCACGCGGCUGAUGCAGGGCGCUGCACAUCGAAGUCUAGGCUGGGGAAACUGCAAUGCCCGUGCCCGGGCUGUGAGAGUGCUGGUGUUCAUCGUGGUGACACUGAUCCACUCCUUGAUGAUUUGCGUCAAGCUCGGCUUCGAGAUCACCGGGUCG